GAGGUAGCAACCUGUGAGCCGUCCUAUUAUAAGGGGACACAGUAUAUUUUCUUAAAGAUGUUUGAGCAAGGCCUGGCAUUUCAAAAAAAGGCGCCCGUAAACUGGGACCCGGUGGACAUGACAGUAUUGGCGGAUGAACAAAUCGAUGGCAGUGGCUGCUCUUGGAGGUCUGGGGCCAAAGUGGAGAAGAAGUAUCUCACACAGUGGUAUCUGCGGUGCACUUCUUUCUCUGAGGCUCUGCUGAAAGGCCUGGAGGAAGUGGACAAGAAUCUCUGGCGAGAUAUCAUCCUGCUACAGAGGCAUUGGAUUGGGGAAUGUAAGGGCUGCAGAAUUGACUUUGUCGUAAUCAGCCAGACUGAUGGUGCAGGACUUCCAGUGAGUGUGUACACGGAGAAUUUAGACUUAAUCUUUGGUGUAUCUCAUCUCAGUGUGAAACCAUCCCAUCACUUUUGUGUGGACUUUGGUGUUACUGAGAUAGGUGCUGUUCUGCCUGUCCAUGCUGUGCACCCGUUCACUGGAGAGAAGCUGAAAGUGGUGGUGACAGACGAGAGACACAUAUACCCUAACAGAGAUGUGAAGUUGGCCAUUCCAUGCAUCUCAAAGGAAGAUCUGACGGUCGCUGAGAGACUUGGAAUUCCCGUCCGCAAAGUACUGGACACGCCAGAUUCUGAUCUCUUGCAGGCUUCCGAGCAGCUUAAUGGGCUAAGUCGACGAGAAGCAUUGGAGUGCGUUCGGAAACUAGCUCAGGCUCGUGGUAUAGGUGGAGAGAAGAUCAGCGAAAACUUAAAUGACUGGUUGAUAUCUCGGCAGCGAUACUGGGGGACCCCGAUUCCCAUAAUUCACUGCAAAAAAUGUGGGACUGUCCCUGUGCCCCUUGAGGACCUGCCCGUGGAGCUCCCAGACAUACAAGGCCUGAGCAGCAAAGGAGGUCGCUCACCGCUGGCUGAUAUUGAACACUGGGUCAACGUUUCCUGUCCAAAGUGUGGAUCAGCGGCUCGCAGAGAAACUGACACAAUGGACACCUUCGUUGAUUCCACCUGGUACUUCCUCCGCUACCUUGACCCCUUCAAUGACAGGAUGCCCUUCGACCCUGAGGUGGCCAACAAGUAUAUGCCUGUGGAUUUGUAUGUUGGAGGGAAAGAGCAUGCUGUGCUUCAUCUCUACUACGCCCGGUUUAUGUGCCACUUCCUUCACUCUGUGGGCAUGCUAAACUCCAGGGAACCAUUCAAAAACCUCUUGACCCAGGGCAUGGUCAAGGGUGAGAGCUUUAAGGUCAAGGACACUGGUAAAUACUUACCCAGGGACAAGGCUGAUACAUCCGGUGCUGUUGCCAUAGAGACAGAAACAGGAGCUGAGCUGACUGUUGAGUGGGAGAAGAUGAGCAAGAGCAAAUAUAAUGGAGUCAAUCCAGAGGAUGUGCUAGAGGAGUUUGGAGUCGACUCGACCCGUCUGUGUAUGCUCUCAAAUGUCUCCCCUCAGUCUGACAGGAACUGGUCACAUAUCGUCUACAAGGGAGUGUUGAACUGGCAGAACAGAAUCUGGGGCCUUGUGACCAAUCAGAGAAGCUGCCGAAACAGAGACGGCAGUGAACAGAAGGGUCACGGUGGUGCUGUAAACACAGAGGAGCUGAGCAAGUGGGAGAAGAAAAUAGAUGAGACUCGUAACUUUACUAUUAAUAAUGUGACCUUUCAGUUUGAUCGGACAUUUCAUAUCAACUCGGCCAUCUCAAGACUUCAUACUUAUGUAACCUGGUUGAUGAAAGUGCCGCCUGAAGUGACAAGUACCAGCAAGGCUUAUGAGCGUGCCCUGGCUGACCUUGUUGUCAUGCUAAGUUCCAUGGCACCACACUUUGCUUCUGAACUGUGGGCGGGGCUUGCAGAUGUAGCUCAGUUCGAAACACAUCAGUGGAAUCUUCCAGUCUUGGAGCAAGCAUGGCCGCAGCUGGAUGACGAUUUUCUGAUGCCAUUAGUCUGCAAGAUCAAUGAUGUGGAUGUUUUUGAAGUGGGAGUGCCCUACCAAGACUUUGACCUACUCGACGAACACUCAGCCAUGCAACUGGUGCAGAAAAGCUCAAUUUUUCAAGAGAAAUUCUCCCAACACAGUAUUGCCAGUUUGAAGUUGAAAGUUGAAGAUGGCCACAAAGCUUUACUGAGCAUGCGUUUGCCAGACUUUGAUUUUGAAAUCUCUGGCAGUUCAGCGGAGAAAACAAAAAUAAAAAAGAAAUUGAGUAAGCAAAGAGUUAGGCUGUAUUCUGCAGACGUAACUGAUUGA